AUGUCCGAUUUGAUCUUCGAGCCACGACUGAAGAUUUAUUCUGCUAGGAUCGACAGAAAUACCUACAGUAUAGUGGCCGAAGUUGAAACUGAAGCAUUUGUGACUUUUUUGGCCUGUCUUGACAGCCGAGGCCCAAAAUUCACUGUUGGAAUGGCUCAACCAAAUCCUGCGAGGGAUGGGACCAAGUUCCGCUAUCCACAUAUGUCUUGGCUGGACACUGACGUGCAGCACGGACUUUUGAAAAUGGAUCGUGGAUGGGAGGCAUUGACUGCUGCAGGAAAUAUGGCGAAACGUGCGAAACUCCGCGAAUCUGUAAGAGUGGGGCGGGGACACAAGCAAUCUUGA